AUGGACGAUGAGACUUUCUAUUCGCUAUGUUCGCCUUCUAGGAAGAAGCUCAUAGUGUUCAUAGUAUCACUUUCAUGUUUCCUUUCACCCUUGAGCUCAAUGUCUUUCUUGCCUGCUGUUUCCAUCAUUGCUGAGGAGUUCCAUACUACAGGUACCGUGAUCAACAUUUCCAACGCUGUGUAUAACUUUUGCAUGGCGAUUUCAACGAUAUUGAUUUCUCCCUUGGGUGCCAUAUAUGGCAAGAGAUGGGUCAUGAUCAUUUGUCUAUCUUUGUUUGUGCUGACCUCUAUUCUGACAGCUGUUUCACAAAACCUGGCGAUGUUCUUUGUUUUCAGAGCUCUAAGUGCAAUGAGUGGAACUCCGGUUUUUAGCAUUGGCUCAACAAUACUGGGUGAUAUUUAUCAGCCUACAGAAAGGGGUAACGCAAUGGGCCUUUCAUUGUUAGGUUCGCAAUUGGGCCCAGCAUUUGGCCCUGUGCUGGGUGGUAUCAUUGUUACCUAUACUACUUGGAGAGUUAUAUUCUGGGUUCAGGUUGGUCUUUCCACUGUCAACCUCGUGCUGGCCAUAAUGUUCUUACCUGAGACUUCGAGAAUCACAACAUUGCAGAAGAUGAGACGAGAAAAGUCCAAUCCCAAACUUUGGUUCUGUCCCUUCAACCCUGCAAGAGUUAUAUGGGCCUUGUUCCGUUAUCCAAAUUUGACACUCGCAGGUAUUAUCAGUAUGUCGAUCCACUUUAACAUGUUCUCGCUUCUCACCCCGAUAAGGUAUGUUGUUGAUCCUCGCUUUGGACUCGAGAAGCCAAUAUUUGGUGGCUUGUUUUAUCUGGCACCGGGAUUCGGAUACGUCGUUGGUGCCUUUUGGGGAGGGAAAUGGGCAGAUCAUUACGUCCAUAAGUAUAUGCGACUAAGAGGUAGAAGAGUCCCUGAAGACAGACUGCGAAGUAUGUUUUUGGCAUACGGGUUGGGGUUGCCAGGUACGGUAUUGGUUUACGGAUGGUGCUUACAGAAAGAGAAAGGCGGGAUGGCUUUGCCUCUUGUAAUGAUGUUUCUCGGAGCUGUAUCACAGACCAUAUGCUAUCCCAGUAUUAACACAUACUGUGUCGAUUCUAUGCCUCAACUGAAGGGUGAUGCAAUUGCAGGAAAUUACUUUAUUAGAUUCAUAGCAGCAGGCAUAAGUUCUGCAUCUGUCUUGACAGAGAUUAACUCGAUAGGUGUGGGAUGGACUUGUACUAUCAGUGCAUUCUUCUUGAUAUUUGGAUUUAUAUGCUGUCAGGCUUUGAUAAGGUAUGGUGAGAGAAUGCGUUUGAAGUGA